CGCUGCCGGGACGCAGCGGGGCCGCCCCGCGCCCGCCAUGUGGAAGCUCAACAAGAGCAGCAAAGUUCUGCUGGACGACUCGCCCGAGGAGGAGGAGACGCGUCCCCGCGGGCCGCCGCCCGCCGCCGCCUUCGCGGCCCCUCAGAAUAAAGACCAGUUUCUUCAUGAUGAAGUUUCAUCUUCAGUGUCACAUCUUGCAACAAAGGUUCAAGGUGCAAGUUUCCGGGGUUGGAAGGAAGUGACAUCCAUGUUCAAUAAAGAUGAUGAGCAGCAAUUGCUAGCAGGAUGUAAGUCUCCAAAAUCCAAAGGAACAAACCUAAAAUUAAAGGAAGAGAUGAAGUCUGAAAAGAAGCCAGGUUUUUGGGACAGUUUGGUGAUAAAGCAGAAUGUUCCAUCUAGGAAACCAGAUGAGAUUGAGGGAUGGGAACCACCACAGAUUACCACUGCUGACUCUACCAGUGAUGCAGCAACUCCUUUAAGUGACUAUACAGCCUGGUCAGGCUGGGAAGAUGAAACCAAAGGCUCCACAAAAUACACAAACCUGGCCAGCUCAGGAAACAGCUCCAGGUGGAGUAUCAAAUCAGCUGGAAAGCUGGUUAGUAUUAGACGUCAAAGCAAAGGUAACCUUACUGACAACUGGGAAGAACUAGAAUGACACUGGUAAUGUGAGAUACUUUAUAAGUAAAAAGAGAAAGUUCCAUGAUUUACUCACAUGUUUAAACCAAAAUCAAAUCUGCUCAAUAUUGCACCUUUAUACAGUACUUUGUUUUAAUUAAAAUUAUUAAAAAUUUUUGCUCACCUGAUAGUCAAUUUUCUUAUUACAUUGUUAAUAGCUAUGUUUUCCACACUGAAAAAAAGUAGAGAAUCUAUUUUGUGCCUAUAUUUCACAUUCAGACUCUGCAGUAUGUCAGAUAGUUGGUUUUACCAAAAAAAAAUGUAAUUCCUUAGUGAAUGUAUACACUGGUUGUAAAUUUGACUGCCUUAUGAAGGAACUGCCCCUAGCUUGAGGUCCUGCUUCUUUUCUGAUAUUUGAGGGCCAUUCAAAAUUUUCAUUUUGACUCUGUCCCUUUUUAACUAAGAAUACCAAUCUGCAGCUUGCAGGGAGAGUGCUUGUACUUGGUACUGUUUUCCAAAUCUUCAGCCCAGCUUAUGCUUCAGCUUGUGCAUACAAGAUGCUUACUGUCACAUUGUGCUCUACUCUGUGUGACAUGAGGAAAUACUGUUCUGAUGUAACUCCUUCCAGUACAGGAUUGUCACCAACAGCCGGGCCAAAUUUCAGAGUUGGGGUCUUUUUGUGUUUUAGGUCUUUUUUCUCCUGUGGGGUUUUGGGGUU